AAAUAGUCGAGUUAAAGUGUCGCCAAGAUUCAAUACACAUUCAAUUAUUUAUUAUUACAAGUGAAAAUAUUUUAUCAUGUCUAAUGAAGGUGAUUCUGAAAGUGAAGAUAGUGAUGCAGAAGGUGGUCUUGGAAAUGUAAGCCGUUUAAUAAUACGUCCACCAGGUCACAGUGGUAAAGCUAAAAAAGGACAUUUAUGUUUUGAUGCAUCAUUUGAAACUGGUAAUUUAGGACGUGUUGAUUUAAUAUCAGAAUAUGAAUAUGAUUUAUUUAUACGACCUGAUACAUGUAGUCCACGUUUACGUUUAUGGUUUAAUUUUACUGUUGAUAAUGUACGAAAUGAUCAACGUGUUAUAUUUAAUAUUGUUAAUAUAUCAAAAAUUAAAAAUUUAUUUAACAAUGGAAUGACACCAAUUGUUAAAAGUACAAGUAAACAAAAAUGGCAAAGAAUACCACGUAAACAAGUUUAUUAUUAUAAAUCACCACAACAUCAAAAUCAUUAUGUACUUGGUUUUUCAUUUAAUUUUGAUCGUGAAGAUGAUGUUUAUCAAUUUUCAUUAACAUAUCCAUAUUCAUACACAAGAUAUCUAGGACAUUUAGAUAAUUUAUGUACAAAAUUAACGACAAUUAAACGUGAAACACUUGUAUUAUCAUUAUUAAAAAAAAAUGUUGAACUAAUAACAAUUGGAUCAUCAUCAUCAUCAUCAACUAAUCCAACUGACCAACAACAACAACAGCAACAAAAAAAAGUUGUUGUUAUAUUAAGUAGAGUUCAUCCAGGUGAAUCACCAUCAUCAUAUGUUUGUCAAGGACUCAUGGAUUUUUUAGUCAGUGGACAUCCAAUUGCACUUGUUCUAAGAAAUUAUGUUGUAUUUAAAAUAAUACCAAUGUUAAAUCCUGACGGUGUGUUUCUUGGUAAUUACAGAUCAACAUUAAUGGGAAUGGACUUGAACAGAGCAUGGAAUAGAAUAUCAGAGUGGAUACAUCCAACCCUAUUUGCAACGAGAAAUUUACUUGAAUCACUUGAUAAAAAUUCAAAUACACCCCUUGAUUGUGUACUUGAUUUACAUGCACAUACAAAUUCAACUGGACUAUUUGUUUAUGGAAAUACUUAUGAUGAUGUUUACAGAUAUGAACGACAUAUUGUGCUACCAAAAUUAUUAGCUCAACAUGCUGAAGAUUAUGAUGCUGGUAAUACAAUGUAUAAUCAGGAUCCUCAUAAAUCUGGUACAGCAAGACGUUACCUAUGUUCAAUUUUAAAUGAACAAGUUAAUUGUUAUACAAUACAAGUAUCAAUGUAUGGAUAUUAUAAAAAAUCAACACCUGGUAUAUUAUUUCCUUAUACCGAAGAGAGUUAUUAUCGAGUUGGUAGAAAUCUUGCCCGGGUACUUAUGGAGUACUAUAAAUUGACGGGUUUGAUACCCUCAGGACUACCAGACCAGCCAUCAAACAAGCGUGGACGACAGUCCAGACAGAGACAUCGACAAAACCGGGAUCCACGACCCCGGACAGCCAGAACGCCUGCGCCUCUACAUCUUGCCAGUAUUCACGAAUAUUUUGCUGAUGAUAUUGGUGAUGUUUCAUUAGAGUCACGUUAUCGUUCAAUGAGCGGUACAAGAAUGAACAAUAUUUGUGAUAAUUUAUUUGGCAUGAUAAAUGAUAAAAAUACAAGCCACAGGUAUCGUAGCCCUGGGGCAAUUGUUGAUACAACAAAAAAAAAUUUAAAUGGAACAAUUGAUGUAAGACAUGAACCAAGACUUGCAAUUAUUGAUUUUAAUCAAUUGACACGUGGUGGUAUUGAUAUUGCAACUAGUAAAAAUCGUGCUAAAAUACCAAAAAAAUCAUCAGAUUGUUUUGCAAAAUUUAAGAGAUAA